CUGCUCUCCAUAGUGUUGUGGUAUCUGCUUUGGCUCUUUCCUUCGCUACAGCCAAUGGCAUCAAGGAUCAAUAUCAGAGGGUGUGGAGGGAGAGGGCCAACCCUUUGCCACACAAUUCAGUGGAUCGUGAGGAAGCAAAUGAAAGGCACAGGGAUACUGGGUUGUGCCGAGUCUCUAGCUGCACAAACAGCCCUCAGGAUUCUUGUAGGUUGUUGCUGAUGCUGAUGUUGCAGCAUGUGGAAGAGGAGAAAGGGGCAAAUGCUCUGCCCGCCACAGCAUCUCUUCACCCUGGCACACACCUGAAAUUUGACCUAUGGCUUUGGAAGCUUAGUUAAAUGAGCUCUGGCAAGCAUUUUGUGCUUUCUGAUGAGGCCUCUUGCUUGUCUGCAAGCCUGCAGACAAGGUAUACCACUAGGAGUCAUGACCUUUUGCCUGAUGGCCGUGUGGACCUUCCAAGCCCAAGGACAGGAAGUAUCAUUGAGAGUCUCUCAACCCAAUGUGAACACCACCGUGGAAAAGGACAUUUUGCUCUCUAUUGCCUAUACUUGUGAAAGUAUCCCCAUCAUUGAGUGGAAGCACACAUCUCCCAGGGGCACUGUGAAAAUAGCGGAGUGGAAACCGGAAAGUUAUACCAACAUCUCCAGAGGUUUUGAAGACAGAGUGAAUGUUUAUGAAAAUGGUUCCCUCCAACUGUUGAAGGUGGAUCUGAGAGAUUCCGGUUAUUACUUGGUCACAGUGAGAGAUGAGUUUGGAAUCACUGUCUAUGGCACCAUCCUGCUAAAUGUUUAUGGUAUGAAAAUGAUUUUUUGUCGGAUGCUAAAACAUUUCUAUUCUCUUUGGUCUGGAAAAUUGAAAAGUUACAUUUUUGGACUACAGUUUGCCAUAAUCCACAGUUACAAUGGCCAUUCGUUUGUUCAAAUCAUGGAGAGGACUUCUUUGUACUCCCUUCAUGUUCAGUUUCUAUGCUGGAUGCAGAUAAGCGCAGCAGAUAGUGUAGACAGUCACCUGGAUGCUAAUAGAAAGCAGUGUUCCAUGAGACCUGAGAAAGCUAUUAUUAGGAGUAACCAUGUUGGAGCAUCUCUCUUAUCUGGAUUAAACUGGUUUACUUAUACUAAUCCAUUAUCUUUGCCCUUGUACUUUGUACUUGAGAGGACACCUUUCUAUGAAUUUUUAGGUCUUCCAAAAAUAUUCUACAGAGACAUGAUAGCCAUGUAUAAAUACGUGAAGGAAAGUCAUAGGGAGGAAGGAGCAAGCUUGUUUUCUGCUGCCCUGCAGACUAGGACAUGGAACAAUGGCUUCAAACUACAGGAAAGGAGAUUCCACCUGAACAUCAGGAAGAACUUCCUCACUGUGAGGGCUGUUUGGAAGUGGAACUCUCUCCCCGGGCUGUGGUGGAAGCUCCUUCUUUGGAGGUUUUUCAGCAGAAACUGGAUGGUCAUCUGUCAGGGGUGCUUUGAAUGCGAUUUUCCUGCUUCUUGACAGGGGGUUGGACUGGAUAGCCCACGAGGUCUCUUCCAACUCUAUGAUUCUAUGACUUCCUCUGGAAGCUGACCAUAGAAUCACACUGAAAGAGUUAAGAAAUUUCCAGAGGUGUUUUCUCUAGUGAUCUCUACAUCCUCCAUCAUGUCCAGAGGAAGCUGACUGUAGGGUCACACCAGAGGACUGCAAGAUUCUUAGAGAAAACAUUUUAAUCAAAUCUAUGAGUAAUCGAAACUGCAAAUGUGAAGGGAACUGUACUUGCAGUUUGUUGGUAAAAUAGCAGAGGAUUGCUUUUCUAACAUUUGAUCCUUCCCACACACUUGAGCAAUUAUUUAUAAAUACAGUAUUAAUAAUCAUCAUUGUAGCCAAUAAUAAAUUAGCUGUUGUUGGCAGCAUUAGCUAUGCUUGAACUCCUUAAGAAAGGCAAUUUAAAAUAUAAAAAAAGCAAAAAAAACCAUCCCCCGGAGGACUCUGUUGCACAUGAAAAUCAGGAAAGGUGGUUCCAGUAGGAAGGGAAGAAAUUAUA